UAAGCGCUAACCCACCCCUCCAUCAGACAUAACACUAUCUAAAGUGAAGCCAAUGUGAGCCACGAGUGUGUAGUGAGUGUUGACUCACAUAGACUUCAAACCAUAACACAAGUGAAUGAAUACACAAAUCAAUAUUGAAUUGAAUCGUAAACACAGUUCACGUAAUCAUAUGAUUUAGUAAACUAUUGUCAACUCAAAGACAUUGUAAUAAUUGUGAGCUAAUUGUGAUUAUAAUAAACGCACGGUUAUAAUGACGGCAAUGGAUAACAACCCUAUGAGACGGCUUUCGGCCACCGGUGACUCGCUGUACAUCAUAUUAGGCGUUCCCAAGACGGCCACCGGCGAUGACAUCAAGAAGAGUUACCGUCGAUUAGCCCUGCGGUUCCACCCGGACAAGAACCCGGAUAACUUAGAGUCGGCCGAGAAGUUCAAAGACAUCAAUAGAGCGCAUAGUAUACUGUCGGACGUAACGAAGCGCAACAUAUACGAC